AUGGGUCUCCUGUUCAUGGGAAAACCUCUCGCCUGGGGAGAUGCCAAGGCUUAUAUCGAAUACAUACGUGAACAUGGGCUCAGCCAAUUCGUCAAUUUAUGGCAUCGAUUCAGGGAUCGUACGGGCGAUAGUUUUUCAUGGGGAGAUGAGAUCGAGUAUAUGGUUGUUUCUUUCGAUCCAAUCGCGAAGAACGCAACUCUUUCACUGCGUCAGUCGGAAAUUCUGUCUAUGCUACAGAAGGUCUACCUUGACCUUUGUACCAACUCACCUGCCGAUCCCUCCACCAUUCCUACUUUCCACCCUGAAUAUGGUCGAUACAUGAUUGAGACCACCCCUGGGUCUCCAUACAGCGGGUCAAUCCAAGACUUGCUUCUUGUCGAAAAGAACAUGCGAUAUCGACGAAAGCUUAUUCGAAAUGAACUAUUGCCCCACGAAGUGCCUAUCACCGUUACCUCGUUUCCGCGUCUUGGUGCUCCAGGCGUUUUCACAGAUCCCCGCUACGAUCCCGCUGAUGCACAAGCCAGCCACAGUCUUUUCUUGCCUGAUGAAAUCACCAAUCCCCACGUUCGCUUCCCCACAUUAACAGCCAAUAUUCGCCGACGACGAGGCUCUAAGGUCGCCAUUAAUCUCCCCAUUUUCGUGGACACGGACACACCCCAACCAUUCAUCGAUCCAACCAUUCCGUUUGAUAGGGACAUCUUCCCUGAAGACCCUGAGGCUAAGAAUGGCGCCGCGAAGCCAAACCAUAUUUAUCUGGACGCUAUGGGUUUUGGGAUGGGUUGUUGUUGCCUCCAAGUGACCCUCCAGGCUUGUAACGUCGACGAGGCACGACGGGUAUACGAUGCACUUGUACCCAUUGCGCCGAUUAUGUUGGCGCUCACAGCUGCGUCUCCCGCUUAUCGCGGUUACUUGUCAGAUGUGGAUUGUCGAUGGAACGUGAUUGCCGGAAGCGUUGAUGACCGGACCGAAGAAGAGCGUGGCUUAAAGCCACUUAAGAACGACAAAUUCGUUAUCCCAAAAUCCCGCUAUGAUAGCGUCGAUGCCUACCUUUCGCUCGAUUAUAAUAACAGAGUAGAGUACAAUGAUAAUGUGGUGCCUUACGAUGAUGAAAUAUAUGAAAGACUCCUUAAUCACGGCAUAGAUGAUUUGUUGUCCAGGCACAUUGCACAUUUAUUUAUCAGGGACCCGCUUGUCAUUUUCUCCGACGCCAUUGAGCUCGAUGACAACGAAUCAUCGGAUCAUUUCGAGAACAUACAAUCAACUAACUGGCAGACGUUACGGUUCAAGAUACCUCCACCUAACUCCUCUGUAGGGUGGCGAGUUGAAUUCAGAAGCAUGGAGGUGCAAGUGACAGAUUUCGAAAAUGCCGCAUUUUCUAUCUUCAUCGUUCUUCUAUCCCGUGCCAUUUUAAGUCUUGAUCUGAAUUUCUAUAUUCCAAUGUCCAAGGUGGACGAGAACAUGCAACAUGCGCAGAAGAGAGAGGCUAUUAGCAAUCAGAAGUUCUAUUUCAGGAAAAGCGUCUUCCCUUCUGACAUGGGGUCACCCUUCGGCUCGCUUGACACCACACCAAUUCAGCCAGACAUUGUGGCUGAACAUGUGUAUGGGGAUUCUGGCCAAGCGAAUGGCGACCGCAAGGUUGAUGGGGUGGUAGAGUGCGAACGACGCGAUUCAACCUGCGGCUCGGAGAUUUCUGUCACCAGCUCGUCUGAUCAUGUGCGCAACCCACCUUUUUCUGCAGCGCAAUCCAGGCCUCCGUCGACCGCCACGACAGAGUUUGGACCUGUUGAAGAUGAAUAUGAGAAAAUGACGAUUUCCGAGAUUUUCAACGGGAAGGUGAGGCGUUUUAUCUUGCACGAGGUCGUGCGACAUUCUGUUGAAAGUUACCCGGAAGGGGGAGGGCUUCCCUGGCUAGUUGGGCUAGUCAAUGCGUAUCUCGAUUCCCUUGGUAUCGAUUCCGAAUCAGAACGAAGGAUACGUGCCUAUAUCGAGCUUGUAAGGAAGCGAGCUGAUGGGACUCUGAUCAAUGCUGCAACGUGGAUCAGGAAUUUCAUUCGAUCACACCCUACGUACAGAUACGACUCGGUGGUGUCACAAGUCAUUAACUUUGAUUUGAUGAUCGCUUUGGACGAAUUCCCUGAGUUUUUGCCCGAGGACUAUGUUGGGAGCAAACUCGAUGAUGGAUGUCUUUGA